CACGCAGAUCUUUGAGCACAAGUGACUAAAGCCAGAAAGAGGGAGAGAGAGGGCCAUGGAAUGGAAAAAGAUCGACUCAAUGGAACAAGUGAUCUCCGAGAAUUAUGGGAGUCUUAUCUCGUCGAAUCGGCUGUCAGUCACGACGUUUCAUCUAUAAGUAAAGAGGAUGAAUGCUGUCACAUGCUAAAUAUGAGCUAUAAAUCUGUGGGUGUAGUUCUUCGAGACAGGUUGAUGACUGAUGCAGCAUUAGGUGGAGUCCGGCCAAUAAAGUUCGACCAUAGUUACAGUCUUCUGACAGAAAGUCCCGAUUUUGGAACUGUAAUUAUUGACAAUAAUGACAAAUACCAAGAUAUCAUCUCCAAAGAGCAUCAAGCAAUCACUCGUGCCACUAGAAUUGAGGGAGAAUCUCCUACAAAUCCUUCAACACGUACAUUCGUAUCAUUGAAUGAAGCAGUGAUGAAGGGGGAGGAAUCAGCUUACAUUGAAAUACAGAGCGAACCAAAUAUCACCAAACCAAAGAGCCCACCGGAUUUUUCUGUAGCAUCUGAGUUAAGCAAUGAUCACAAUAGAAUUAUGAUGAUAUCGCCGCAUAGAUUACACGAUAAAUAUGGAGUGCGUACAAGUGAUAGUGAGAAGGAUGAUGAGGAUGAUGAGGCGACAGAAUUGGAGCUGCAUACUCAGAAUCCAAUAAAGACUGAGCAUUAUCGCAAGCAUCGCCAGAGUUUUCCGCCAACACCUCCAAGCAGUACCAGCUCAGACAGUGAAGGGGCAGCUUCUUGCAUCCUCGAGUGGCGUGGCGUUGAAACUUCUCCCGCACAAAAUCUUGGCAAUUUCCGAGGCUCUAGGUUCUCUAUAAACGCUCAACCUUCGACAAAAUCCGUCCAUACAUCUCUUAUCUCUUGUCAACUGAAAAGUUCAACAGGAAGUUUCAUAUUAACCGAAGAAGAGAAACGAACUCUCAUUGCCGAAGGCUAUUCGGUACCUACUAAAUUACCACUUACUAAGCAAGAAGAAAAAUCAUUGAAGAAGGUCAGAAGGAAGAUUAAAAAUAAGAUAUCAGCACAAGAAUCGAGAAGAAAAAAAAAGGAGUAUAUGGAUGGGCUUGAGAGGAGGGUAACAAUGUUAACGGCCGAAAAUUUAUCUUACAGAGAUCGUCUUACGUCACUCGAGGAUGCUAAUCGUCAGUUACUAAAGGAACUCAAACGCUUUCCGUCCCUUCUCGAACGAUCUACUUCGUAGUUUCACUAUGUUCGAUGUUUCGAUUACUUCUUGAUCAUAUUUUCAUUAAUUAAAAAAUAUGAAUAGAAAUAAGACGUUUAUUAGAUUGGCAUAAGAGUCUCUCGUUAAAUUGACUUAUCAUGGUAAUGGCUGUAAUUGUUUUGUCGUGGAGAAUAUUAUUAUUUUUAUUUUUUUCUUGA